ACUAAUAACUAACACAUGUUACAUCAUCUAAUGACCCAACAUAAUUCCAAAAGAAAACUAACACUGUAAACAAAUUUCGCACUCAUUCUUCAAAAUAAUCGUGACGACUGUUGUUGACAUAUUGUACCAUAUUAGAGAAAAUGACUAAGCACAAAGAUUCGAAUAAGCAAGAACGUGAUUGGAACAGACUUAUGAAAGUAAUGCAAACACCAGGAAGAACUAACAGCAGAUGUCAUAUCAUAGCAGCAUCAUAUCAUUCACUGAACAAUAACAGCUUCGAAAACAGACCUAGCAACAACUAUGAUAACAGAGCUAGCAACAACUAUGAUAACAGAACUAGCAACAGCUACCACGAAGAUAAACAUUCUAAAGCUUGGUGUAAAGAAAAAAGAACAGAUGAUGCUGUUUGUGUGGCCAAGUUACGGAGGAUGUUUGCUAGCUGCUGUGCAGAGAACAACCUCUCCUCAAGGGUUAAUGAUUUGGAAUUUAAAGUGAGGCGCUUAGAAAAAAUAUAUUGCAAGAAGGUGAAGAAGCAACUAGAAGAAUUAUCUGGGAAGAAAGGCGAGCUUCAUACAUCAAAAUACCAUGUUAAGAGUACAGAAUCUAUCAACAAGAGUAAAGAUUCGUCUGAAGAAUCAGGUUCCCUUAAGAGAGGAGGUACUCGUAACAACAGAUCUGUUUUUGCAGAAGAUAGGGAGAAAAGGAAAGGACAAAGUGCUGAACAAAGAAGAAAAACUGGUGGCGAACAAAGGAGAACAACAGGUGUUGAACAGAGGAAAACAUCAGCCACAUCAGGAACAUCUGGAGGAUCAGGAGGAUCGGGUGAACAAAGGAGAGGACCAUCAGGCGAACAAAGGAAAACAACACAAGCUGAACAGAAGAGAUCAUCAGGUGGUGAACGAAGGAGAACAACAACUUCUAGCCGUAGGAAUUAUGUUGAUUCAGAUCAUGAACAAAGAAGACCUUCAACUUCAGUCAACAGAGUUGUGUUUAAAAGGGAAAACAGUAGAUUCUCAGAUGAUGCAUUCAGUGAAGAUACUUCAGAACUUAAUAGAAGAGAAAAUUACUUCUUUGUUGCCACUUCUCCUCACUACUUUGAUAAGGAUCAAAUACCUGUAAAGGAUAUAACAUGUCCAACACAAGUUAAGAAUGCCUUUUUAAGAAGCAAAUCAGGGAUUGGAUUUGAUGCAAUUCAGAAGAAAAAUCAAUGGCUGGAAAGUAUGUCACAUCUUCAAAGAACUACACCAGAUUUAAUGUGCCUAUACAAAUAUCUAUGUAAUGAUGAACUAAAGAAACAUAGAAGCUUGAAGAAUUCAUUCGAUUAUGGAGAGUUGGAGAAACCUUCUAAAAACUUGAAGAUUUCAUUCGAUGAUGAAGAAGCGGAAAAGCCUUCUGGUAGCACCGAUGAAGCAUUUGUUGAAUACACCAGUAUAUUGAAGCAAACAAAGGAUAUAAAUCCCGUAGCUGCUAACAUUGCUACAUUUAAUAAUGCAAGUAAAGUGUCCAAUCUACAAGCGAACGUGACAGAAUCUAUAACUCAACAGAUAGGGGAGAGCAUAAUUACCCAAACAAAAGAACAUGAAUUUGAAGAAAACAACGUAAACGAAACUAGCAUCAACUUACUAUCAUCUGAAAAAUCUAUGGAUGCUGUGGAAAAAAUCAAUAGGAGUGUUUCUACUUGCAAGUUACCGAUUGAUAUUAACUUAUAUUUAUUACCUAAACUUUCAAAAUUAGAUCCAAAUGUUGAAGGGAAAAGAAAUGGUAACAUUUCAGAUGUUGAGAGUUGUAGAUUUCAUUCAAAUAAUCUACUGGGAGUAAGUAGAGCUGUAUGUUUUGAUACCCCGUCCACUUGUUCAUCUUCUCAGAUCAGUAUAAAAUUCACAAGCCUUACUCACAGACGUUCCUGUUCUAAUUAAUGUGGCAUUUCAUAAAGUUUAAUGUUUAAAAUGUUGAUGAUGUUGUAAUUAAAAUACAUAAUUUUACUAGUUUUAUA